AUGAGCGGGCCGUCGUUUACUUCGCCCCCCGCCGCCGAGGCGGAGGAGAUGAGCCGUAUCCACUACGAGAUGGCGUAUACGGAGGACAUCAGUCAGCGGAUGCGCAUCCCGGAGACCCUCAAGGUGGCCGCCGCCGCCGCCGCUUGUGUUCAACAGCAGCAGCAGCAGCAGCCGCCCCCGCACGCUCAUUCCGCUCUGAUGCAGGUGCCCGAGAGAAUUGUUGUCGCAGCGGCCGACGGGGACCCCCGACUGUCGUGUCCCAGAGACUUGGAUUUAAUUCAGUCCGUUCCGGCCACCGCCGAGCUCCUCGACAUGAAGGCCCCGCCGCGCGUUCUGACGCUGUCCCGGCAGCCGCUGGACUCCCUGGAAACCCGGCAAAUAAGCAAGAGCGACCCCGCUCACGCGGCUCCCUCUCGAUCCGGAAGGGAACGGGGUGCCGGGGAGAUGGCUUCCGCUCGCCAUAGCGGUCAGGUGAUUAGAGGGGACGUCAGUGUAACCCCCUCACCUUCUGCCCCCCUGGUCCGCAUGUGCCCCCCGCUGUGCUCCCCCGAGGACGCCGACGUCAACCUGAUGACGGCGGCGGGCUUCCUGACUUACGUCCGGUCCGCCACGCGGCGGGCCUACCGGCAGUUUCUCCAGGUCUUGGACGACAGCCAGCGACGGUCGCACCCGGACCUGGCCUCGGACGUCACCCCGGAUGAGUUUGGCUUAGCGGACGCCUCCUCGCUACGACGGCAAAUCGUGAAGCUGAACCGCCGUCUGCAGAUGCUGGAGGAAGAAAACAAGGAACGCUCCAGGCGAGAAGUGCUCCUGUAUUCCGCUACCGUUGCUUUCUGGCUAUUUAACACCUGGGUUUGGUUCCGCCGCUGA